UCCCAUCUUUCUCUCGACCCACAAAAACUGCUCCCACAGUUUUAUUAUAAUUUCAAAACAGAGGAAAUGGGCGUAGAUAUACAGGAAAAGCUCCGGCUAGCUCUCGGCUCCGUGAAGGACCACGCGUCGAUCGGCAAAGCCAUGAUAUACAAUCACCACGACGGCUUUUCCCACAUAGAGGUUGCCGUCCUGCGGGCCACCGGGCACGACAACGGCCCCAUCGACGACGAGCACAUGCACGAGAUCCUCUUCCUCGUCUCCAACUCUCCCGGGUCGAUUCCUUUUCUCGCCGAACGAAUUUCUCGCCGCCUUUGCAAAACCAGAGACCGCCUUGUCGCGCUCAAGACCCUCGUCCUCAUCCACCGCCUCCUGCGAGGCGGCAACCGCUGCUUCGAGCAGCAGCUACGCGGCACUCACGUUUCCGGCCAUCUCCAGCUCUGCAACCCGUGGAUUUCCAAGAAUUCUUUCCUCAGCAAAUACGCAGCCUAUCUGGAAGAAAGGAUGGGGUGGCUCAUCAACCAAGCCGGAAAGCUCGAGCCGGUUGUCAUGUCUCACGGCUUGGAUUUCCGAUGCUACGAAGAGAAAUCAGUCGACAUGGUAUUUCGUAAAUUACCCAAAUGCCAGCUUCUAAUAGAUCGCGUCUUGGAUUGUUCACCACCGUCCGAUAUUUUCCCCUCCGAUUACCUCGCUCAGGCGGCCAUGAUGAGCACUCUGAAAGAGAGCUUCCAAUUGUACUUCACAUUUUGCGAAGGCAUCGCGGCUCUUGUCAACAUGUUCUUCGAUUUGAACAGGGCGGCGAGAGGCUUAGCCUGCGAAAUUCUCAAGAGGGCUUCCCGGCAAACUCAAGAUCUUCACGACAUGUACGAGAAGUGCAAAAGGGUAAUCCAAAACAAGAACUUGGAAUACCCAUCGGUUCAGAUCAUCACCAUGGAGCAUGUGAUGGCGUUGGAGGAAUGCUUGGGUUGCCCGCAAAAUCAACCCCCUCCAAUCUUGGGGUGCCUCUCGAACUCAGCCAAGCCCCUAAGAAGAGCAGCAAAACAAGGGAAAAAGAAUGAAAACAACAUUUUCUCAUGCGCGCUGGAGACCAAAAUAAGCAUGGUGUGGGUGUUGUUUGAAGAAGAUGAUCAUCUUUCUUGUGGUAAAAAAUGCUAGACAGGCCUUUUU